UUCCUGCUAUUUUCCUGUUUUCCAACUAGCGCUCAUGCUAGCCCAGCUUCUGAAUGAAUAUCUUUAUUUUUUCCUGUUUUAGCGGGUAAGAACAUAGUUUGUUGUAUUUUUUGACUUUGUGUAUCUAUCGUCCGAAGACUUAGUGUCUUCUCAAUAUUAAUCUGCUAACAUUUGGUUCGCAUUUGGUUCGUUUGUUGCAAUUGAGAAUCCUUUCAGUACGACGCAGAUGAUACCCGUAAUGUCCAUCUUACGCCCGAAUACAAUGGGUCCAAAACAUGUCAGAAUUGAAAUGCUUCUCUGAGAGCAAGCUUGUUCUCAAUAAUAUCCAGCAGCCACUUGUCUGUGAAGCGGAUCCUCCCCGGCGUGUGUACAAACCUAUUGGAUUCCACUACAAAGUGUACUUCGACUGGCUCACUUGGCGAGGCAUCUUUAAAUACAUCCAAAACAAAAUAGACACUAGCUGUCCCCUGGAUGGGCUUCUCCGGGGAAGGGGUACUAAAUCGAGCUCUGUAGUGGUAGAAGAGUCGAUCCUCCUCUUCGGUCGAACACAGGAAGUCCAAACUAUAAAUCCAGCGUGGUUCCAGCUCCCAUGAUUGGAUAUACUCUGCAAGCUGCUCUUUACCCACUUCCACAGUGAAGUCUUGGGCAGCUACCCACUUGAUGUGAUCAUCGGGGGGCUCCAGCUCUCUCCCACGCAGGAUUUUUAUAACUUCCCACGACUCUGCAGUGAGUCAGCAGACACAUGUCGCGGAUCAGGAGCACCAUAGACAAUGUCACUAAAGCAGUAGGAAGCACUGACCUCAUCUCCAAGUUCUCUCGCCUCAAGCCAGGCACUCCUGCGGUCAACGGCAACCGUGCGGAAAAACUUGUGUCCAAAAUCGAAACAUCUAAGGACCCAAAUGUUUCACCACCUCUUGAAACCACCAUAGACGAAGACCACAUGGCAGAGGACAAGGUUACAGAGAAGCCUUUUGUUGCUGCCAACACACCCAACUCAGCCACUGAGGCGUCAAAGCAAACAAUGCAGCUGUUCCAUCCUGCAGGCCUUUCAACCAACAUGGAUGAGACCUACAAGACAUUGGCGCAGCACAUUAAUAGUUACUUUGGCAUGGGGGAAGAAGGUGAAAGCAGGCUCCAGCAGAAGAGUGAGACCAAUACUCAGAAACCUCCAGACCACAUUCCAGUUUUAUCUCCAGUUGCAGCAUCCAGCAACAGCACUGAAUCGCCUCCUCCAACGGAAAGCACAACUCCAGCUGUCCCGAGUUCCACAAAAAAAGGCUUCACCCACUAUCUCUCCUACCCUCGUCCGAGUGUUCAGGCUUUUGUGGGCAACUACAUCGCCCCACUGGUGCCCAAAUUCAGAGGUGAUUCCAAAAGCAUUGAGAAAGUGAAGCCACCAGCAUCCAGUGUAGAAGAAGUGAAGAUGGAAAGUGAAGACGAAAAGGCAGAUAAAGCCAAGCAACAGCAGCUUUUGGCUCAAAGAGAGAAGAUAAUAGCCAGGGUGAGUGUGGACAACAGAACCAGAGCCCUUAUGAAAGGCCUGCAGAGAGUCGCCGACAUCCGGCUCCUCACCAGUCGAGUGGAGGAGCUAAGUUUUCACCUCCUCGAGUUCCCCGAGACGCGAGGCGUGGCCAUCAAGGAGAAGGCACUACCUUGCCUGCUGCGCUUGCGCCAGGCCACAGACCACCGCCUCCAGGCUGCUGUGAGAGAAGCACUCGCUCUGAUUGGCUACACAGAUCCAGUCAAAGGCAGAGGAAUCCGGGUGCUGGCCAUAGAUGGAGGCGGGACAAGAGGACUGCUGGCCCUGCAGACCCUCCUCAAACUGCAGAACCUGACUGGAAAACGAGUCCACCAGCUCUUUGACUACAUCUGCGGCGUUAGCACAGGUGCCAUCCUGGCCUUCAUGCUGGGGAUUUUUCAGAUCCCUCUCGAAGAGUGCGAGGAGAUGUACAGGAAGUUGGGCUCUGAUGUCUUCAAGCAGAACGUUAUUGUCGGGGCUGUCAAGAUGGGCUGGAGCCAUGCUUUUUAUGACAGUGAAAUAUGGGAACACCUCCUCAAGGAACGCAUGGGCGAGGGACGCAUGAUAGAAAGUGCCAGAGAUCCAAACUGUCCCAAAGUGUCAGCAGUGAGCACCGUUGUGAACCGGGGUCUGCCUCUGAAGGCCUUUGUGUUCAGGAACUACAGGCUCAUGCCAGGAGUGAGGUCACACUACCCUGGAGACUGCAAAUACAAAAUGUGGCAGGCGAUCAGGGCUUCGUCGGCGGCGCCGGGUUACUUCCAGGAAUUUGUGCUGGGAAAAGACCUCCAUCAGGAUGGUGGCCUCCUGAUAAACAACCCCACAGCAUUGGCCAUCCACGAGUGCAAGAGCCUUUGGCCGAACACGCCGCUCCAGUGCGUGCUCUCCCUUGGCACUGGACGCCAUGAGACGGUGGGCAAGAACGGUACCGCCUACACCAGCCUUAAAACCAAGCUCACCAACGUCAUCAGCAGUGCUACAGAUACUGAAGAGGUGCACACCAUGCUGGACGCCCUCCUGCCGCCCGACACUUACUUCCGCUUCAACCCUCACCUGAGCGAGGACGUGCCUCUGAACGAGAGCCGAGUGGACAAGCUGAACUUCCUCAUGGGCGAGGGGGAACGCUACCUGGAGCGCAACGAGGCCAAGCUGCAGAAGGCGGCCAGCAUGCUCUCUCAGGAAAAGGGCUGCAUACAGAAACUGGCUGAGUGGGCUAAGCUCAAGGCCGACAUGUACGAGGGUCGUCCAUUUUCUUCUAAACUGUAGUUAACCUGGUAAGGUAAGAUAACCUGGGGCCACGUUUAACCGUAAAAGUAUGUCGGAAUCAUAUGCCUGAUGUUUACAUGCACAUCAACUUGAAAGAACUUUUAAGAACUCGUAGUAGGAUUUUAACCACAAGCAUGCAGUGACUGCUGAUGUCAGUAUGAUUAUGAGGGGGGUGUAAAGACUGUAAAUAUCAAUUUACAUUAUUACACAGAAAGAACACCUACAGAAUUGCCUGUUUUAAAAUAUUAAAUAUUGCACAGGAAAAAAAAGACCUCAUGCACUUUGAAAGAGUUUAAUUCUUAACCUUUUUAGUAGAAAAUGUAAAUAUGAUUUGAUUUGUUAUUUAAUUCAAAGUACUAACCCUUUUACCUUUGCAGUAUGUAUAAGGCCCACCUACACAGUAUAGCCCCACCCACAAAGCACACCCCACUAAGGACUCUUCACCUUUAUAACCUUAUUGACCCGCAUAUAAGACAACCCUGUAAAGAAGUUAGCCCUUUUUGGUAGGGGCUCCACGGUGACCUGACGGUUAGCGUGUUGGCCUCGCAGUCAAGGGAUUUAGGACUUGAAUCUCCCUUUGGAACACAUCUGUCUAAAUUGCGAAUUAGAAGAAGUAUUAUUUUUUUUUCCUGAAAUGUCUUUGAGAUGCUUUUUUUUUGUCAAGUGGGUCAAUGUGUGUGUAAGUGACCAGAAGAAAAGCUCUUGACUGGCUAGGUGGAAAAGUCGUUUGGUGCCAACAGCUGGUUUCGUUGUAUAUUCGGGUCAAUACGAUAUUAUCAGCUUUCAGAAAACCACAGCGCUACCGACCAGCAGCUAUGAACCGAUUAACGCAAAGCUAAUUGAUACAGUAGAUCGUGCUAGAUAUUAGCAUAAUAGAACUCUCCAAUCCUAGCGAAUGUUAAUACGGAUGUCGCUACUUUCUAUCACUGUGUUCUCUCUGUCCUCUAUGUCUGCCCCCCCCACCCCUUAAUCCAUGCACUAUCCAGUGUCUUUACAAUAAAUUACAAUUCAAAUAAAGGAGGACUCAAUCUCUUAUGACCAAAUUGACAUUUAGUCCACAAUUACACUGGCAAACAAACAACAUCGCUUAGUUUUAAUCUCACACUGAAGUAGAUACAUCGUUUAAAGUCCACAAAAGAUGUCAGUUAUACUUUGUACAGCUCUUAUGCAUUAUUUAGCGGUCCUGCUCAAGGCUGAAUCACUAAUUUUUGCACAAUUUGGCAACCCACGCUCCCUUAAAGCCCACCAUCAUCAUUGUUAAAUCAUGAAAUAAUAAAGCCUCAA